UAGGUCUUUCUCUUUGACAUUUUCAGUUUCCGCUGAAAGUUUUUUUUUUCUUUUUCUUUUUUCACCUGUCUUCUUUUUUUUAUUCUUCUUCCUCUUUCUUUCACAAACUCCUGUCUUUAGUUUAAUUGUGAUGGCUUCUGAAGACAAAUCACCCGGUGUAGAACAUCGCGAUCCUCAAUAUUUUGGUUACUAUGCCAUGUUACAACAUCAACAAAACAUGCUUCAAGAUAAUGUCCGAACUUCUACAUAUAGAUCAGCUAUUUUAUUGAAUGGACCUCGUUGUUUUCAAGACAAACUGGUGAUGGAUGUUGGAGCAGGAUCUGGUAUUUUAUCCUACUUUUCUGUUCAGUCAGGUGCUAAACAUGUAUACGCUGUCGAAGCCUCAGCAAUGGCAAAAAAGAUGGAUCGAUUAGUCAAGACUGCUGGACAAAACGGCAAAAACGCGUUUUUGAAAGAUAAAAUCACGGUCAUCAAUGCUAAAAUCGAAGAUGCUGAUUUACCUAUUCCUCAAGUGGAUACUAUUGUUUCUGAACCCAUUGGUGUCCUUCUUUUUCAUGAACGCAUGUUGGAAAGUUAUAUUCAUGCUCGUGAUCAUUAUUUGAAACCUGGUGGUGCAUUAUUCCCUUCCAAAGGUGGUAUUUAUUUAGCACCAUUCACUGAUGCUACAUUAUGGACUGAAACUAUGGCCAAAGCUCGAUUCUGGGAACAAUCCGAGUUUUAUGGUAUUGAUCUUAGUUCUUUAUAUCAAGAAGCCAAGACUGAAAUGUUUGGUAUGCCUGUGGUUGGACAUUUUGAUCCUCGACAAUUGAUUACGACACCUACGGUGAUGGAUAGUUAUGAUGUGGACUUUGCCACUGUGACAUUAGAUCAACUCAAGGAUAUGACAAUACCAUUUGAUUGGGUUUCUGGCUACACUGGAUUGAUGCAUGGGAUUGCUGGAUGGUUUGAUUUGACCUUUGGUCCUCCUCCAUAUCACGAUACUGCCAACUUGACACCUGAACAACGCAAUGAAAUGGCUGGUACCACCAUCGAUAUGUCUACGGGUCCUGCUGCCGAACGCACUCACUGGCAACAAGUCCGGUUUUUAUUCAAGGAACCUCUUGCUGUCAAUGCUACUCAAAAGAUCAGUGGUUGGAUGCGAUGUAUUGUCAAUGAUAUGCGUAGUUACACCAUCUUUGUAGAAGUUGCUUUGGACAAGUCAAAACUUACUGAUCCUGCUACUUUAGAUACCAGCAAUACAGAUGAGUACACAUUCAUUAAAGAAUUCAAACAUGAUCCUUUGGUCCGUCGUGGUGUAUGGGAACUUCAUGAACAAACUUAUAAUUAUACUUACAAUCCUGAUAUGGUCCAACCUGGUCAUCAACCAGAAUAUACUUGUCUUUAUCAACCUGAUCAAACCAUCAUGAAUGAUCUUAUGGAUAGUUAUCAAGAUUUUUGUUAGACUACUCCUUUUUUUUUUUUUUUU